UACAGCGAAACGCGUAUACGGAACUGUCGUGAUACGAAAAUUCUACUGUCUGUCAAGUUAUUAUUACCAAAUAGAUUAUUGUGUACGUGGUGUAUUUAAUAAUUAACAGUGUUACAACAAUAAACCACAUUGAGGAUUUAAGUGUAAAUAAAUAUAAAUAAUAUAGUGUGUAAAUUAAUACACCAAGGCAACAACACGGGUGGCUAAACGCGCGUUCGCGGAGGUAAUAUUGAUGAUUUAACGUUGCGACGCUAUUAGCAUCUAUAUCAUUUUUUAUAAAAGUAUUGAAAAAUUUAGUGUUACCAAUAUAUUUAUUAAUUAUUUAUCAUAUAUAUUAGUGUAACUGAGCGGGAUUUUCUUUUGUUUACGCCUUGUCACUUGUGCUUUUGUUGUGUGUAACCGCGCGCCGCACUGCUCUAGGUCCAGUAGCUGAUGCUCCUUUUGCUUGUGUUGAAUCAAGAUGAAUAUUGAAUAAAAAAAAAAAAGGAACAAUUGAUAAGAAAUAAUCCGGAGAGGCCGAGAAUCAAAUGCCAAAAUAUAAAGAAAAAGUGAUGCAAAGACUUAUUGAUAAUUAAACAAUCAAACAAUGUCAGCAAAUUACUUCGCAGUUUUAGAUUUAGGAUAGGCUCGUAGGCCACAUGACAUAUAUUUGGGAAAGUCAUAUCAUAUAUAUUGCUUGCAAAAGUAAUAGAAGAAAAAAAAAGGACUAAUGGACACAAAUAAAUAUAGGCAAUAAUUAACGUCUGUUCUCAUAUUUUCAAUGGAUAAAAAGUUCACUGUAGAAGAUAUUAAAAAAAAAUAUAUCAAGACUACAGAUUACACAUGGCUAGUGAUAAAAAUAUCGAGUGAAUUUGAAGGUAUUGAGUCGAUAUUAACUACUGGACAUGGUGAUAAUUGUGGUAAAAAUUAAACAAUGAUUAUUGUAUGAUUGAUGUUGAGGUAAAAUAAUAAAAUUACAUGAAUGUCAGGAACAGGCGACGUGGGUCGCAGACGCGUUGAGUGGCGCCGCAACGCAAACACAAAUAAACUAAAUUAAUAAACAAAUUAACUUAACAUUGAAGGUAUAAAAUAUCCAUUUCGGAGGAGAAUAAAAUUUGCUGAAAAGGUGGCUGUUCGCUACCUAGGAUUACGAGGUGCUGCGUGGGCAUGCAGCAGCCUCAGACACGCCCUCUCCUCGGGGACUCUGUAUCCUCUACAACUUCCCCGACAACAAGACGCGGUAAUUCAGUGGCUGUUUUUACCCAUCAACAGCUGCAGCAACUACAACAAUUACAGGCACAAAAUUCAACUGGACAGCCAUUGACAUUUGCACUGCAACAAUCAUCAAACAAUGGACAAGAUCAAACAAACGCUUCGGCGACUGGAAAUCACAUAGUUUAUUUAAAUCAGUUGAGCCAACUGAAUCAAAAUACCAUAAACUCCUCGGGGACUGGUAUGGGCCUACCCCCGGCCGGCCCCACUUUUGGGGUGGGCCUUAAUAUGGGAUUGCCACUGUCAUUAUUAAAUACCAGUCUUACAUCAUUAACUUCAAAUGUUAUAACAACGUCUAAUCCUCUGCUCAAUAUUGGACUACCCAACAUUAAUCAGGGUAUAGCGACUGUAAAUACGGACAUAAAUACAUUGAAUGCAUUGAAUUCAACUUUGAAUUCAAAUUUACCUUCCAACAGUAUUAGCAAUGGAUUAGCUGGUCUUGCGCAGGAUAUUAAUGCCAUUAAUUCAGGUAUUAAUCGGUUAAAUACUCUUAAUUCAUCUACAUUAAGUUCGGGGCUCUCUAACAUAAACUCUGGUUUAAAUCCAAACCUAAAUCAAAAUUUUACAACUUUAAAUGCAAAUGUUGGAGAAAAUAAUUCUGGUUUAUCUAAUUUGAAUAAUUUAAAUUCAAGUCAUAACACAUCAUCAUCGAGCAUAAACCAAAAUUUCAACAGAUCACUUAAUGUGUUAGCCGGAAUUACACCCAGCAGUUUGAGUUCCUGUAAUACUAAUUUUCCAUUUCAAACAAUACAAAGUAUACAGAGUAUUGCACCUCAUAUUGUUGGCUCAAGUGUUAAUCAAGUACCUAGUUCAGCAAUACAGCAUUCAAAUUCAAGUGGUGUAUCAAUAUCUCAUAGUUCAAAUUUAGCUCUCAGUUCAAAUGUAUACACGAGUACAUCAAAUACUCCAAUAUUGUCAACAACAGCAAGUGCUAAUCAGUCUUCAAAUUUAAACCAUAAUCAAAGUAUACAUUUAGGAGUUAUGCAUACAAACCAGCCAAAUGUAUCAGCAACAAAUGUAUCACAUUUUUCAACUGUCAAUGAUCCGAUAAAUACAUUAAGUCAUAUUUCUGGAAUUGGUACAUCACAUAAUACUGGUUUUCAAACACAACGACAAUUUUCACAAGCUCCCAAUUCAAAUUUAGGCGGUUCAAUAAAUAUAUCUGGUAAUAAUCAAACGUCCAAUACUGUUAAAACUGUGCAAAAUAUCCAAACUCAAAAUAUUAGUUCACCAGGAAGCCCAUUUUCAAUGCCACUUAAAAGUCCAGCAUCAAAUAUCGCACCACCAACACCGAGCCCAAGUCCUAAUCGGGUUUUAUUGCGUAGUCCGGCGUCAAAUUCCAUCCAAUCAAACAGAAACAGUCCGAGCCCGGUAGCAACAUCAAAUAGCAAUUUCAGUAUGCAACUUCAGAGUCCAAUGCAGAGUCCAAUGAGCGUAGGACAGAUACAGAGUCCAGCACCGAGUCCAUAUCCACCCGCUAAAAGUCCUCAUCAUUUAGGAUCAAAUACAACAUUAAAUAAUAGAAGUCCUGCACCUGGUGGAAGUCCAGGGCCGCCGGUAGUUAGGCCUAAUACACCGAUACUUCAACAAGGAAUGCAAGUGCUGCAAAUAAUUGGUACACCACAGGGUUACCAACAAGCCUCAUCUCAAUUAGUCACACGAACGCAUCUUUUUGGCAAUCAACAGAUUCAAAUAGCUACGGCAAAGCCUGCCAAGCAGCCGCCGCAAAUAUUACCCAAGCCUCCCAAUCAACAAGGAGUUUCAACCCAACAAAAACAACGAGUGACAACGACUAUUACUAAUCAAGUGACACAGCAAACACAACCACAAUUAGUGUUAGCUAGUCCUCAACAAAAUCCAAAUGCGACAGCUACAAUGAUACCUACAGCACAAGGUCUUUUAUUAAAUCAGGUUUUGCCGUCAUCUGGACCUGUUAUUGUGCAGCAACAACCCGGCGGCGUUCAAUUAAUACUCCGAGCACCAGCUAAUGCUCAGCAGCAAACGCAUACUGCACAGCUGACUCAGCAACAGCUUGUAAGAGUUGUCACAGCACAAGGUAUGCAGUUGCAAGGACUUACGCCGACAUUCUUUGCCGUUCCAAAUGGUUUCUCAUCACCAGCUCCUCCCGUACUUAGGCAUACUCCCACGAGUCCCGCACCCGCAAAUACAGCAAAUAGCAACUCAAUUGUGAUACAAAAUGCCAUGGUACAGAGCCCUCAGUCUCAAAUGAACCAAGUUAGCUCAUCAAAUACGAGUAAUCAUCUAUCAAGCGCAGCGCAGAAACAACAAACGACAGUCGUUGAUCAAAAUUUAUUGCCACCGCCCAAGAAGAAGGCUAAGAAAAAAAAGAAAGCUAAGAAAAAAGAUGAAGACCCGCCCAAACUUGAUCUUGCGAGCAUAAUGAAAAUAUCAGGAAUUGGUGAUGACGAUGAUAUGUUCGAUACAGACACUACGUUAGAAUCGGAGCCACCGUCACAGAUAAAUGUUGAACAACCUGCAGUACAACAUUUAGGUCAACUAUCUCCGCAUCCACAGAUGUCUAACAGUACCCAAAAUCUAACUCAUCCUUCUCCAGUUAACACACCAAAUAUUCAAACUCCUCCGACGACGGAUAAUUUUGGUGGCAGUCAAUUGGUAGCACAAUUACAGAUGCCAGUACAAAGUACUAUCUCCGGUCAUCUUCGGUUGGCUGUUGGUGAAGACGGUAGAGUCGUACUGCAUCAUACACCAGAACCCAAUCAACCUGAACUAGAUCAAGCAACUGCUCAAGCAUUGAUACGAUCUCUUACCCAAGGCAAUAGUCAAAAUUCACAAAUAAUAUCACAACUUCUUGGUCACGCACAAACACUAGCCCAACAAAACGUUCAAUCUCAAGAGCCGGCGACUCCACCUCCAAUAAAUAGACAUAAAAAUAUCAUUAAAACUUCAAGUUCAAACAUCAAUCAAACAUUUAAUCAAGUUAUAAAUUCUACAUCAACACCGACAGCAACUUCAAUGUCUAAUUCUUCUCAAAUAAAUGUUGGUAGCAAAGUUACUUACACUCACAAUUCAUCUAAUGUACCUCAGUCUGGUAACACAACAUUGAAUGCUGUCAAUCAGAGGAAUAUUGAAUCUGGAGUUGUCACAUCGUCAUCGUCAUCAUCGACAUCGUCAGUAAAUAGUUUACAAGCCUCACAAAUUACCAAAAAUAUCCAAUCACUUAAUGCAGGGGUACAGUUAUCAAAUGCAGGCAUUCAUAUUGCUGUUGGACCCAUGUCUCCAAAGUCCGGAUGUAAUUUAUUUAGUGAACAACAACAAUCUGGAAAAAUGAUUAAUCAGCAAAGCAACGUUGGACAACAGACUGUGAUAAAUACUUCUUCUAUGAAGAAAACAACAACACAGUCAGUGAUGCAGAACACAGCUGGCAAUACAAAUAUUAGGCAGAAUGUUAUUAAAUCACAGCAACAAGCUGGUCAACAAGUUGGUCAACAAGUACAAAUUGGUCAAGGAAAUACUGUAGUAAAUCGCACUGUUCAUGUUGUGAAAAAUGCUCGCACUGUUUUACAGCACAAAAAUCAACAUGAAAAACAUCAAACUCAACAGCAAACUAAUGAGCAAAUAAAUCAACAAAAUUUACAACAAAUUUCUACCCAAACUAUUCAAUCGUUGAAUGUCCAGCGGGUGCUUGAACAAAAUCUUCAUAAGAUUACAGUCUCUGGUGUACAACACAAUUCAAUGAAUUUAGUGCAUCAAAAUCCAUCCAAUAAUUCCCAGCCAAUGCAGAUUCUUCAGUCUAAUGAUAAUAUUCAUCAACAACAAGGGAUCAAUAUUUUGACUCCUAAUAUUCAAAAUGUUGAUCAAAGUAUUCAUGGAUUGAUGGAAACUCAACGCAAUCAGGAAAUGGCCGAAGCAUUACAGCAUCAACAGCAACAGCAGCAGCAGCAACAGCAGCAGCAGCAACAGCAGCAGCAACAGCAGCAGCAACAACAGCAGCAGCAACAACAGCAGCAGCAGCAACAACAACAACAACAGCAACAGCAUCAACAAUCAGUUUUAACAAAUUUGGUUAAUUUUAAUUUACAACAACAACAUCAGCAGCAACAUCAACAAAAAAUAAUCGGAACAACAAAUAUUUCUUGUGGUAAUAAUCCACUUCAAUGUGAUGGUCAAAAAAUAAUCCAUUCCCAACCUAGUGUACAACAGCAAAAUAUAUUUUUUUCAAGUGAUCCACAUUUAGUGAAUGUAACAACAACAACAAACGAACAACCUAAACAAGAAAUUCAAAAUGUAGAUAUGCUCAAUUCACCUGCAACGAAUAUUUUUAAUGCACCAAAAAUAACACCAGAAAUAGUUCAUGCUCUAAGUAACUUAAAUCCAAAUGACCAAAUAUUGAUAGCUCAUCCAAACGGUCAAAUGCAGCUUAUAAAUCAACAAUCAUUUCAACAAUUAUUGGCAGCUAAUCAAUUGAAUACAACGCAACAGGUGACAAAUCAAAAUCAAACUCAAAAAAUAGUUAUCGGUGAUACAGAUUCAUCCCAAAAUCUUCAAGGUGUUCAAAUAAAUACACCAACAAGUCAAAUAAUUGUUAAUAGUUCUGGUGGUGCACCAACGAUACAAAAUAAUAUUCAAAAUAUUGUUGUACAAGCAGCGCCUUCGCAAAUGCCUCAUCAAAUUCAAAUUCAAAAUUCCGGUUUUCCGACUCAAUUUAUUGAUAAUCUUAACCAACAGCAAAUUAGAAAUCUUUCAAACAAUCAACAAAUAAAUCAACAGCAGACACCGAUCACAACACCAAUAACAGCCAAGAAAACAAAAGUUGUGAAACGUAAAACUACCGCCGCAGCAGCUGCUGCUGCUGCAGCGGCCGCUUCUGUUUCUGCUUCUCAACCCCAAAAUACCGGAUACACAAUGCAAGGAAUUAAGACCGUUACUGUCUCACGUCCAUCAAUGACUGCUGUCACAUCAACGACAAUUACCACCGCAACAACGUCAACUACAAGUGUCAAAGCUGACGUAAUAAACAAAGUUGUUGUUCAAACAACAACACCUCAAAGUACAAAUACCAAAAGUGAUAAUCAGACUACUGGUAAUAGAGUUACAUCAUCUGGCACUCCAGCGGCUUUGUCAACAAACGGACCAGUCACCCAAAGGGCUCCUAGAUACAUACAAUUACCUCUACAGAAACAACAAAUGCUGCGAAAUAUUCAGACCCAAAUUCAAACAAUUUUAAAGUCAAAGCCAAUAACACAGAAUGAUCAAUCCGUACUUACAAAACUUUAUCAAGAGCAUGAUAAAAUAGUUGCCAGUGGUAAAGUGGUAAGUGCGCCAUCAUUAACCAUUCCAACAGGAACAGAAACAACAUCACAUUCUAGUAUAUCAUCGCCAACGGUAUUUUCAAUCGCACAACCACUUUCUGCUGUUAAAACUCCAACGUCAACAGUUCAAACUCAAACACACAACACGACAACUAUUCCUGCGACGAUAAAUACCCCGUGUGUUAAUUCAAAUAUUAAAGAUCUCGCUAGCAGUAGUGGUAAUAAUAAUAAUAAUAGUAACAGUAAUAAUAGUAACAACAAUAGUAAUAAUAAUAAUAAUAAUAAUAAUAAUAAUAAUAAUAAUAAUAAUAAUAAUAAUCAUACCCCAGUCCCAGUGAUAAGUAAUGUAGUUGGACAGAGUAUGCCGAAUAUAUCAAGUACUAGUCUACAUCCCCCUGCAAGUAAUAAUAAACAGCCACAGAAAUUCUAUCAAAUUAAUAAUAAUCAGCUAGUAAGUCCGUCCGCGUCAAUCGCACCUAAUUUUCCAUCAACAAGUGCUCCGACCCCGCCAAUACAAAGUAUUGCACCAACUGUUGCAGUACCACAAGCUACUCAACAGCAAGUUUCAAUACAACAGCAAUCAACUCAAUGUCAAACAGACCCACCUGACAUUAAACCAGACAUUCAGUUAAUAAGUUCUAUCAAACAAGAAUUAUUAUCACCGGUUCAGGUACAAGUACAAACUUCACCACCAGCGACUUCACCCAGAGUACCCACGAUUAAUCAGAGAAUUCAAAGUCCUAUUAAUAUUUCCUGUAAUACUAAUAAUAAUAGUAAUAGUAAUAAUAGUAAUAAUAAUAAUAAUAAUAAAAUUCAAAGUCCUACGGGUACACCGGCUGUCAGUCCUAAACAAGGCGUUAAAAGACCAGCGACGAGUCCUAUUUGUCGUCAAGUUAAUCGCAGUGAUAUGAUUGAAAAACAGUUGAAAAUAGAUCAAAGUGGUGCGACAAAUCCAGAUGUAAAUACUCCUUUCCUUGAUAAGCACAAUGCCUGUCAGAGGCUUCUCAACUAUCAUUGCUUGAAUGAACAAGUACUGAGUGCUAAGGAUCUUGCUAAAGCUGAUGAAAUAUUUGAGGAGACAGCUAAACAUUUACUUAAUAAAUUUAAUUCAAUGGUCAAUAAGUACACCUAUCUUCUACUGAUGGACAGUAUGCGGGAAGUCAGAACGUCGGAACUGAUGAUGAUUGAUCGGAUCUUUGUAAAUGAUGAAACUAAGGCCAAUGAAGAGUUGAAGAAGGAAGAAAAGCCAAUAUUUCCAAAAGUAGAAGCAGAUUCAAUGGAUGAGGGAAAAACACUACCGUCGUUAUCAAAUAUUUCCGUUAAGAAAGAACUCGAGGACGAUUUUUCUAGUAUCGAUACAGAUUCCAAGUUGAAUAUAAAGCCAUCGAGUAGUACGAGCGGUGAUUACGACGAGUGGCUUGAGAUCCAAAAGGAACUAGGAGUCUAUCCAUCAACCGGGGAUUCCUCAAAGUGUAAAAACAUGAACAUAAGUGCUGGUGGUACUGGUGGUAGUGCUAGUGUAACUGGUACAAUUAUUAGACCAUCGAGAAUGGAAAGAACGCGAAAUAACGGCGAAAGCCGUACAACAAAUACCAGUAGUGCGGUGAGUGUUCAAAGUGCGAGUAAUUUAAAGAACAUAUUUGAAUCGGACUCAUCGAUGGGUUUAGAUCGACGUUGGUGCAGCAGUGCGACAGAACUUGAACGUGAUUUACUCGAAGAUGCUGACAGUCUUGACGAGUUAGCAUUUCAUUCUCAAGUUCAAUUGCCCCCCGUGUUAUCCGGUGACGUUGACACCACUAACAUUCUCGAGCAUGAUGAUAUCACAGCUCAAGUUCAAUCUGCUAUCGAUAGUAUUUUGAAUCUCAAAAAAAUGCCCUCCAGUUCGACGGCAACUGGCAGUGCAAGUGGUAGUACUGCCCAGACUAGUGAAUCUAAAGACUCAGUACUUGAUCAAGCGGUUCGUAGUAUACUGGGCUCGUGACCCUCCUCGAAAAAUAAAGUAUGUUGAACAUUCAUUAAGAGUUAAAUAAUAUUACCACACAAUUAUGUUUUUAUCGUGUAUUUAUCACGUUACAAAAAAAGUUAUUGAUGAUAAAAAUUAUUUGUAGUAACCAAGGAUGAUAAUACGGUUGUAGCCACCACAAUGUCUUUCACUAAAACAUUUGGAUUGACUUUUAAUUUAACGUUUAUUCCAACCGCAAUUAUCAGACUAUUUAUUUAUUUUUUUUUUUUUCCAUUUCACUAUGGCAAUAAUUAUUUAUACACAAAAUUGUACACUAUCUUAUUAAUAUAUUAGUGGUAAUUGGAGAAUAUAUAAAUAUAAUAUGAUAAAAUAAUGGAGAAAAAAAUGAAAAUUAACAAAAAAACACUGAGUAAGAAUGAAAGAACAAAUACGCCAUCGUGUAACUUUAAUGUUAGAAAAAAAAAAAAAUGAUGUACAUGUGGUUAGGCAGAUAGGUAACAUAUAUAUGUUUCUAUCUGAUAUUUGUAAUGUAAUUUUGUAAAAAGAAGCUAUUUAAAAAUGAUUUAUCUGAAUUUAUAUGUCAGUUUAUUGGAAUAAAUAGUAUGAGUAUUCCAUAAUGGCAACUACGAAUUGUACAUAUAAUUUUUAAAUUAUAUUAUUAUAAUUAUUAUAAUUAAAAUAAUUGAUAUUAUUAUUAUUAUUAAUGUUAUUAUUAUUAUAAUAAUUGAUAUUAUUAUUAAAAUUAAUAUUAUUUUAGUUGAAUUGGUGUAAAGCGAUGGAAAAAUUCCAUUAAAAAAAAUUUAAUUAAUCUUUGAGGGAUUUUAUUAUAAAUAAUAAUCAUGGUUCUGUCAAAAGUUAAAUCAUUUAUAAAUAAAAUAAUGCGCACCCCGUACUUUUAAAUUAUUUAUUUUUAAAAUUUAAAAUCAAAACUUCAUUUUUUAAAUCCAUUGUAUAAAAAAAAUGCUUAAAAAAAAAAAAAAAACCAAUAUCUUAAAAUGACUGAUGAUUAAAAUUAAUAAUGAAUGUUCGAAGUUAUGCACUUUAGCUAAAAAAAUGUAAAGAAUAAUUUUUUUUGUACAAAUUGAAACAUAAAGAAAAAGCAAUUCGAGUAUUAUUAAAUAAAAUAUAUGAUAUAUUAAAUAUAUAAUAAUGAUAAUAAUAAUAUUAAUAUAAUAAAUGAAAAUAUAAAAUGUUAAGAGUAACAGAUAUACGUACAAGACCAACAGACAUCACAUUUACACAAGAAAUUUUGAUUUUUUUUAUACUAAAAAAUAAAUUAUUAAUCAAUACGAUAUGAAAAAUUUUUAUAAUUACUCUCUAUGUAAUAAAUGAAGUGUAUUAAAUAUUACGGGGUGUGCAAUUAAAUAAAAAUUUAUAUAAUUAAAUAAUAAAAGUGAGGUAAAAGCCCCUAUACAAGCUCAGUCAUUAGUCGCUCACUUUAACUGUUUAAUGCGUUUUUUUAUAAUUUUUAUAAAUAAUUAUUUGUGAAUUUACAUAUAUUUAAAUAUCAUGUAUCAAAUUAUUUUAUAAUAGAUUAUAAAUUUAAAUUACUGUUUUCAAAAUCGCGCAAAGCCGGGCAUUUUUUACUUUAACUAUGGUGGCCACAUUUCUGGAAAACCUGGAAAUGGGGAACUAUAAAUAUACUGGAAAGUCAGGGAAAUGUCAGGGAAUUUCGUCACAAAGCUGGAAAAAUUUUCACUUUCUUUCUUUUGACUGAAAAAAUCCGACAAAUUUAGUUUUCUGUCAAAACUGUUCAAAAAGUGACGCGGCGCGAAUGCGGUUGUAAAACCAUCUGGAAAAAAAAUUAGUAGAAAUUGAUUCCAAUAGCGAAAAAAUGAAGCAGUUAGAAUUAUCAAGGCUGUUAGAAAAAAAAGUCUUAGUAGAAACCAAUCGCCAGGAUCUUCAAGCUAUUAACAUCCAUAUUGACAAGUCAAAAAACUAAAAACAUUAAAUGUAUACAUAAGUAAUGAACUAAUAAGUUUCACUAUAUUUAUUAUUCGCGUACUUCAUUAAUACUUUAUUAAUAUUCUAUGAAACAUUAUUAUUUAUGAAAUUUAUUCUAGUGAAAAUGAAAAAUUUAUUUAUAUUUUAUUAUAGAGUAAGUUAUAUAAAAAUAUGGAUUUCAAAUCAAAAAUAAAAAAUUAUUCAUUUAAUAAAUAAAAAAAAAACAAUGAACAUUGACAAAUAAUAAAAGAAAGUUUCAUUUAACGACAAUGAUUAAUUAUUGAUUAAACUGACUUAUACCAUUUUAUUUUAAAUUAAAUAAAUAUUUCCAAUGAUUUAAUAUUACUUCACAUAGUCAGGGAAUUUUCGAAUUGUUUGACUGGAAUGCCUGGAAAACUCAGAGAAUUUCCAUUUCAAAAAUCUGUGGCCACCAUGUUUAACGUUCAUUCGUUAGAUUAAAUUUAGGGCACGUCAAAUUUUUUUCAAAUUGUUAUAACUAUAUCUUAUUAAAUACAUUUUUAAAAUUCAUGAAAUUUUAUAUUAUGAAAGAAUAAAGUAGUAUAAUUUAUAAAUUAUUUGUCCAAAUCAAUAAACUUAUCAUAGUUUAAUUGAUAUUGUCUUUGAGCGACUAUAGGGCCAUGUGUUGGUCGAAUAAUGGUACAUGACAACUUUUAGUGAGCGACUAUGGGUACACUCAAGGAGCUUAUUUAAAAAAUUAAUAAUAAUUAAUUAUCAAGAUUAUUCUUCAAACUUAAAUUUUAUUCUAAUACUCGAAACUUCAAAAAAUAACUAAAAAAAAAAAAUCUGGUUUUUCAUUUUAUUUAUUAAUUUAUACUGAGUGAUUUAAUCUCACUCCAAUGAAAAGUGAGCGGGUAUAGAGGCUUUUACCUUAAUUAAAAAAUAUUAAAAAUAUUUAAAAAAAAUAAAAAGGAAGAACUAGAUAAAUAUAACACUAGUUUAAAAUAUAAAUUUUAUUUAAAACGUUUUUUAAAAAUAAUUUAUGAUACAGGGACAGUCUGAAAUUAAACUGAGAAUCAAAGAUACACGUUUUUUAUAUAGCUUUUAACAUUUUACAUACUUUUUGGCAUCACAUUUAAUAAUAAAUGAAUAGAUGUGUGUAGAUAGACUACUGUGUAAGAGAGUUUAACUGCGGGGAAAGGAUUAUUUUAUACUUUUUCCGAUCUUUUAUCAAUAACGCAUCUUUUUUAAUAAUACACUAGAGCAAAUUAUUAAUUUUAUAAAUAUAUAUAAAUAUAAAUAUAUAAAAUAAAGAAAGGAAGAAAGUCGUAUUAAGAUUAAAUGAUAAAUUUUAUCUGUGCUAAUUAUUUUUUUAAUUUUAUUUAUGCUACCGUUCGUGUAUGCAAUUUUAAUUGAUUAAUUAUGCUGUGACAUUUUAAAUACAAUUUACCAUUACAUUAAUUAAGUUUUUUAAAAGAGUAAGUAAAUUAAUUAAUUUUUUAAAAAACUGUAAAGUUUUUUUUAAGGAAUUGGAAAUUUUAAAUUAACGUCGCAUCCUUUCGCCGGGUGUUCUCUCGAUAAUAAUUUAAAAUAAAAAAACAAAAACGACAACAAAUCUUUUACAUAAUCUGCUAUGUACAGAAAAGCAUAAUAAUAAUAAUAAUUAAAAGAAACAGUGUGAUUUUUUUUUGGCAAAAGCAAUCUAAGACUGAAAAAGUAGACAGAAAAUAAUAAUUAAAAAAAACUAAAUAAAUGAUUAAUUAAAAUGAAAACAACAUGCAGAACUAUUAGCGUAAUUAAAUUAUAAUUUGUAAAUAAAUGAUAAUAAUAAUGAAUUAAUUGCACCUAAAAACGGCAACUGCGACUUAAUUAUAAUAUAUAUAUGUGGGCUCUGGCAGGAUUUUUAAAAAGAUGAAUAUAUUAAAGUUUUGUUGUUCCUAAUAAAUUGCCGACAUUUUGCCAGUAUAUAAUUAUUUUUAUAUAUAUACAUACAUAUAUAUAUUUUUUAUUUAUAACUGUAUAACAUCCACUUAAUUAAUUAAUUAAUUUAUUAUUAAUAAUAUUAUUAUUAUUUUUUAAUUUAAUUUAACAAUCAUUAAAGUUUAACAUAAUCAUCAUAAUAAUGUUAUUUUAUUUU